AUGGCCGAUCUUCCACCCGCGUACUCUUUGGAGGAUCAGGGAACCGGUCCCCAGCCCGGAAGCAGCUCUGCCCCACACGCGCCUCCCCCUCAGGCUUCCCCCUCCAGCUCUGGACCGUCUGAAAAGGCCCAGUACAAGGCCCAAUUGGAGUCCAAUGACGCUUCUCAACAUACUCCUCCUCCUGGACCGCCACCUCGUCUGUCCCCGGCCUCUACAGGUGCUUCUACAGCUUCUGUCAACAUGAACAAUCCCUUCUUGUCACAUAUGAAGACAGGUAACCCCUACCAGCAACACGCUCCGCCCCCUGGACCUCCUCCCGGUCAUCAUGCUCCUCCUCCGGGACCUCCUCCUGGCCACAGUGAAAAACACGCACCUCCUCCGGGACCUCCUCCUGGCCACAGCAGGGAAAAGCACGCGCCUCCUCCAGGUCCUCCUCCGGGACUCUAUGCUCCUCCACCAGGGCCGCCUCCAGGACACCAUGCGCCGCCUCCUGGCCCUCCUCCUGGCCAUGAUGGAUUUGCACCUCCCCCGGGGCCGCCUCCUGGAUGGAACGAGGCUGGUGGGGGAGAUGACGGGCUGCCCCCUAGUUACCCUCCUCCCAGAGUUAUGGAGGCUCUGUUUUCUGAGGCCAACGAAGACGAACUCAUCAUGGGAGACAGAUUCACCGACAACUACCCUCUCGAGGCUCCCAGAAUUCUCACCCAGCCUGAAUUGCAGGCGGUGAGAAGUGGUAACGUUGAUUUUCGUCUCGUUGAAGCCAAGGGGUUCCGAAGCAGACUGUCUAAGCGUUUCAAGGGAGAAAUUCAGUACAGAAACGGAUCGACCUAUGUGCGGUCGCAGCCUAGCACCUUGGACUCAAUCCUUGUGUCUGCUCUACCUCUCCGAUCUCCUUCCAUGAGCCCUGUCCCCAAGAUCUACUUUGAGGUUAAGAUUACCUCCAUGGGCCAUCCUGAAGAGUGCUCUCUGGCAGUUGGUUUCUGCUGCCUUCCCUACCCUCACUUUCGAAUGCCCGGAUGGCAUCGAGGAUCACUCGCUGUCCAUUCCGAUGAUGGACAUCGAUACGUCAACGACUCCACUGGUGGUCAGCCCUUCACCCGUCCCUUUUCGGUGGGUGAGACCAUUGGUAUGGGAAUCGAUUUCGAGAAGCAGGAGGCCUAUAUGAUCCGAAACGGCCAGUUUGACGGCUCCUGGAAACUUUCAAUUGAUAACGUGCCUAGAGACCCCGAUCGAGACUUCAAGGACGGUGGAAUCGAGGGUAUCAACGAAACUGACGUGUAUGCAACUGUCGGUGUGUUUGGAGAGAUUGGUGUCAGUAUCACAGUUCCUCCUACAGAAGAUGACCAUAGCUACGACCAGGCUUCUUCUUCUUCUUCUGGAGCCCCUGCCGCUCGACGAGAUACUAAACCUCACGGGUAUCCCCAGGACACAAAGCCUCGACCCGGGUACCCCCAGGACACAAAGCCUCGACCCGAGUACCCCCAGGACACAAAGCCUCGGCCCGGUUACCCCCAGGACUCUAAGGCUGGCCACGGGUACCCUCAGGACUCUAAGUCUGGAUACUCGCAGGCUCCCUCUUACUCCCAGGAUACUAAACCAGGGUAUUCUGGUACCGCUGGCUCCUCUCAGGCUCCUGCGUAUGCUCAGGACACCAAGCCUGGAUACAGCCAGCCUCCCAAUUACCCCAAUGACACCAAGCCGGGGUACGGACAGCCACCCUACAACUCCGACUCGAAACCCAAUGAAAAGCAAGGUUGGCACUAA